AUGCAUUGGCUUCAGAGGAUGUGUCAGGCCAGAAGUAUGUUGGAGAACUUCGGAAGCGUACGUGACCAAAUGCCUCCGUCUGGGGUGCUCUGCCUCCUCAAGCUGCCACAGCAGGCAAAAUCUUUGACUCUCAACCUGCUGAAGUUCAAUCCUGAGCGAAGGCCCUCAGCGGAGGUUGCCCUGCAGGAUGUGUUCCUAGAGAAAUUCUUUUUGCAGGCCAUAUCACCAGUUUGUGCAACUGGCUUCUUCUGGGCACUUUGGCGUGAGGAAGCGGAGCCCGUGUGUGACAAGGUCAUCCGCAUGCCCAUUGCAGACAUGACCAAGUUGAAGGCAUCAGACUACCGAGAGGUCGUGCGAGGCACAGCUUGCGAAGGCAGAGCUCUCGAUAUUUGGAUGCUUCCACAAGCAGCCACAAAGAUGGACCACAGCUCUUGUGGAGCCACGAGGGCGGUGCUGCUGCGCCACCAUGCACUCCAAAGUGAGGCGAAUCUUUAA